CUCGCUCUGCUGCUGCCACUCCACUGGCAUGUCAUCGACAACAUCAUCCGCCAGCAGCAGAGAUGCUCGCGGACCGGCCGCCCGCAUUUGCUUUCAAACACUCACCUUGCUCCGCAAGAACGGUCGGACGUACCUGCGCUCGCCGGGCUCUAUCGCUACCUUUGUGGCUCUCCCGGCGGCGGUCCUGAUCGUUCUCGGCCUACUCGCCCUCAUCUCGCAGUCCAACUCGGAUCUGGCCACCGCCAACCGGACGCCGUCGCGGACUCUGGUCGGCGCCAUCCCGGCUUGUACAGCCUCUGUGACCGGCGCCCCUUGUAAUCGAUUCGCCUACAACUACGCCGGCGUUCCGGUCGUCGACCGCCUCAUCGGAGCCAUUCUCGGCGCGCAGGGCAUUCCCGCCUCUGAUGUCGUGGGGCUGGCCGGCGAUGCCGACGCCGUCGAGGCAUACAUGCUCGCCAACUACAACACGACCCAGGCGGCGUACAUCUUCGACUUUGACAACGUGACCCAUGCCAACGCGCUCCCCACCACGGGGCCGUUCUACACCCUCAUGGCCAAUCUCUCCAUCUACGAGGACGCAUGCAGCGAGACCUCGGUCUCUGAUCGGUUCUACAACUGUCCGCAGCCGGCCUCGCACCUAGUCCUCCCCAUGCAAAAGGCGCUGCAUGAAGCUACAGUCGCCGAGCUCGGUCUUGCCGCGACGCCUGCCUCUUUUGACGUUGCCUACGUCCAGUUUGCGCACCCGGUCAUCAUCGAGUCAGACCUUCGCGCCUCGGCUGUGGUGCUGUUCCUCGUCAUCGCCGCCUGCAUCCCGCUUGUUAUGAUCACCAACGCGCUUGUUGGCGAGAAAGAAGCCAGGCUGAAGCACAUGCUGGACGUCGUCGGCGUCUCGAGCCUCGCCCAGUUUGUCUCGUGGUGGAUGACUCUGACGCUGCUCACCUUGCUCUCAGUCGUUGUCCUCAUGAUUGCACUCGCCGUCUUCCAGUUCCCCAUCGUCGUUCGCAACGAUCCCGCCCUCCUCUUUGUCCUUCUCCUCAUUCACGCUUUUGCCCUCGUCUCCACCGGCUUUGCACUCGCCGCCCCGUUCAACGCGGUCAAGCCGGCGCGGACAGUUGGCCAGAUCUACAUUGCGCUCUUUGCCAUCUCGGCCUCGGCCAUCGCGCUUGUUCUCGAGCUCGACAAUGACGUCGCAAAGCAGUGGCGCCCCAUCCUCAACUUUGUCCCGCCGGCCAUGCUCGCCAAAGGCAUCAACGACCUCGCGACCGCCGCCAUGCAGCGCUCAACCACCUCGGGCCUCUCGUGGGCUGAUCGCACCUCCAACGCCACGUACUACCCGCUUGCAGACGUCUACGGCUGGCUCGUCCUCGACACCUUCCUCUACCUCAUCCUCGCCUGGUUCCUCGCCAACGUUACGCCUGACGUCAUCGGCGCACGCCGCCCGCCCUGGUUCUUCCUCACCCGCGAGUACUGGGGCUGUGGCGCGUCCACGCGCGUCGACAGCCGCAGCCUCGAGCCGCCGUCGCUCGACUCGGACGCCGACUCGGACGUCGAGCGGCUUGCCGGUACCAUCGUUCAUGAGCCCGCGCCCGGAUCGCUCCACGCCAUCGGCAUCUCCCGAGUCUUCCGCUCGAUGUACGAGACCCUCACCUGCGCUUCUGGCUUCACCGCCGUCCACUCGGUCUCGCUCGAACUUCGGCCGAACCGUUGUUUUGCCCUCCUCGGGCCCAACGGAUCCGGCAAGUCGACAACCAUCAACAUGCUCACUGGCGCCCUGGCCGCAACAUCGGGCAUCGUUGCCCUCGACGGCGUCGUUCUCUCGGAAGCCUCGCUCGUUUCCAUCCGGCGCGCCCUCGGCGUCGCCCCGCAGUUUGACGUCGUGUGGGACCAUCUCUCGGCCGCCGAAAACGUAGCCUUCUUUGCCCGCCUCAAGGGCGUACCCGAGUCAGCCGUCGCCGACGAGGUUGAGGAACGGUUGACCGAGGUCGAGCUUUGGGAUCACGCUAGCAGGCCCGUCGGUGGCUUUUCCGGCGGCAUGCGCCGUCGCCUCUCGGUGGCUAUGGCCCUCACCGGCUCGCCGCAAGUUGUGCUUCUCGACGAGCCAUCGUCAGGUCUCGAUCCGGUCUCGCGCCGAAAGCUCUGGGAUGUCAUCCAGCGCGCCUCGCUUGUCCCUGGCCGCAUCGUCCUCCUCACCACCCACUCGAUGGAAGAGGCCGACGUGCUCGCCGACGACGUCGCCAUUCUCGUCAACGGCCACCUCCGGGCCCUCGGCUCGCCGCUCCAUCUCAAAACCAAGUUUGGUGAGGGCUAUCGCGUCAAAAUCGCUUGCCGCUCCAGCGACCGUGCCACGCUCCUUGCUGACCUCACCGCGGCGUGGCCCAAGUUUGUUCCACGCGCUGAUGGCGACCAGAACAUCAUUCUGGUUGUCUCGGCCCGCGCACGCGGCAAGCUCCUCCGUUUGCUCGAAGAUCUCGAAGCCCGCGACGAGGUCCACGACGUGGCGCUCUCGCUCACCACUCUCGAUGACGUCUUUCUCGACAUUGCUGGCAAGUACCUCGAUCCCGACCAGCUCCCCGACGCCACGCCGCUCGAUGCCAUGUCGGACGCUUCUGGUACCGAGUCGAGUGGCAAUGAGUCGAGCACCGGCUCACGCUCCAAGUCGUCUUCUCGCUCGCUUUCGAGGCGCAAGACCGGUUCGGUUGCCAACCAGGCCGUGGCGCUAGGGGCCAAGACCUGGCACCUCAUGCGGCGGCAGCGAUCACAGCUCUGCUGCCAGAUCCUCUUCCCAGCCGUCAUCCUUGGCAUUCUUGUUCUCAUUCAGGUCCUCCUUGUCUCGUCGUCCGACUCGCUCUCUGAUGUCGACCUCGAUCCAAAGCCGUUCUCGCCCGCCAAUCUCUUUACCGUCCUCGCCAGUCCCGGCACCUGGCCGCAUAGGCUCGGCACCGUCUUUGCUCCCACCACAAGCUACGGGUCGAGAGUAGCGCGCUCGAUGCAAGGCAUCGCAGCCAACGCAAGCUUCAAUCCGUUCAACUCGGUCCCGCUUGUCGCCGCUGGCUUCAAGGUUGAGACCUGGCCGAGCUACGCCGCGCUGCAGGCCGACGCUUUUGCCUCGUGGGAGGUCCCUGCCGCGCAGUACCUCGGCGGCAUUGUGUACAACUCGCUCGAUCUAAGCUCGGGCUCGAUGAGCGUCGACCUUCUCUUUAACCGAACCGAUGAGAACAACUACCUCUCGCUCAUUCCGCUCCACACGGCCUCGUUCACCUGGGCAGUCCAAGGCGCGCUCAACGCGAGCGCGCCGCUGGAGGUGCUUGUCUCGUCGACGCCGUCGCGCGGUGUCAUCGACUCGGGCUUCUCCCUCAUGUCGAUUCUCGCGCUGCUUCUCUACCCGCUCCUGCUCUUUAUUCAGUUCCCGAUGUACGUGGCCAACGUCGUGUACGACAAGGAGCGGAACCUCAUUGCCAUGAUGAAGAUCAUGGGCCUCAAGACCUCGGUCUACUGGGCCAUCAACCUUGCUAUCAACUCGCUCCUCUACACUGCAGGAGUGGUGCUCCUGAUUGUCCUCGGCCUCAUCGCCGACAUCGAUUUUUUCACCGCCAAUGCUGCGGGUGCCUACAUCAUUCUCUUCCUCCUCUUUGGCUUUGCCAUGAUCGGCUUUGCCGCUGCCUUCUCCACUCUCUUUGCCAAGGAGCAAGUUGCGUCGGUCGCCGCCUACGGCCUUGUCUGGCUCUCGUGGCUCACUGGCCUCAUCCUGCUUGGCCAGAUCGGAAGCGACGAUGGCAAGCUGCGCCUCUUUUCGCUGCAUCCGUACUACGCGCUGCUCCGCGGUGUCGUUAAUCUUGCAGCUGCAGCCGAGAACGGCGGCAUCCGCAUGGCCCAGCUCGACGAGUUCAAGCUCGACGAGAUCUACGGUUUCCUUGCCGGCGAGGGUGUGGUGCUGUGGAUCCUGGCCCUCUGGCUCGACGCGGUGUACCCUGCCGGCGAUGGCGUGCGCAAGCCGUGGUUUUUCUUCCUCCAGCCCUCGUACUGGCGGACACACCGGGUGGCGCACUCGGACGAAGAGCGCUCGAUGAGCGUGUCGUCGGUCUCGGACCUUGCCGCCAGCGACGAGGACUCGGACGUUGCCGCCGAGCGCAUGGCCAUGGUCUCUGCGAGCGCCUUUGACGAUAACGCCAUCAUUCUGCGAUCGCUGCGCAAGCGAUUUGGCUCGUUUGAUGCCGUCCGUGGCGUCUCGUUUGGUGUCCGCCGCAACGAGGUUCUUGCCCUGCUCGGGCCGUCGGGCGCGGGCAAAACGACGGUCGUCAACAUGCUUGCCGGCCACCACGCCCCGAGCUCGGGAACAGCCUACGUUGACUCGCUCAACGUGGCAACGCAAAUCGACGACAUCCACGCCGUCCUCGGUGUCUGCCCGCAGCACGAUGUCCACUGGGGCAUGCUCACCGCAUCGGAGCACCUUACCUUCUAUGGCCGCCUCAAGGGCCUCUCGGGCUCUGCGCUGGCCACCGAGGUCCGCGAGACCCUCGAGGCGCUCCAGCUUGCGCAUGUAGCCAACAAGGCUGUCGGCUCGUUUUCAGGCGGCAUGCGGAGGCGAGUCUCUCUCGGCAUGGCCAUCAUCGGCUCGCCACGCAUCGUCAUGCUCGACGAGCCGACAACCGGGCUCGAUCCCGUAACCCGGCGUGGUAUUUGGCGCAUUAUCCGCACCGCGUGUGCCCGCCGUGGCGCCACCGUUGUCCUCACCACUCACUCGAUGGAGGAGGCCGAGGCUCUCGCUGAUCGCGUUGCCAUCAUGACCGGCGGUACGCUCGCGUGCAUCGGCACGACCGCUGAACUCAAGGCCAAGUUCGCAUCGGGCUACCGGGUCACCGUCGCCCUCACUCCCGAUGGCAAGCCUGUCCGCGCCCGCGCCGCUAUCGAACGUGCGCUGCCGUCUGCCGUGUGGAUGGCACACUCGCUCGGCUCGGUCCUGCACUUUGCCGUCCCCGGCGACGAGCUUCAGCUCUCGCAAGUCUUCGAGGCGGCCCAGGAGGCCGAGGCGAGCGCAUCGCGCCACAUCGCACACUUUGCCGUCGCACAGUCGACGCUCGAGGAUGUGUUCAUCAACCGCGCCGUCGCUGCCAACGGCUCUUCGCCCGCCACCGCCGCUACCAGCCGCCGUCAGCCCGGCCCGUCCUCGCCCCCGUCGUCGGCUUCGAAUUCAACGUCGACUUCGGAAUCGACGCUGUCUCCCUCUAGUGGCGGAUCCAAAGCAAGCACCGCCACCACCAGCUCAGGCUCUGAAGCAGAAGAGGAGGAGUACUAUUCCUACACCGAAGAAUGGUACUCGUACUCGUACAACAAGUAA